AUUCGAGUUUAAAAAGGCCCGGCAGCAGCCACAAGUCAGAGAGCAGCGGGUCCCUCUGUGUGAGCACCAGGUAGCUCCAUAUACGGUUUGGAGAGGCACCUCGCAGCCCCUCUGGCACUGUAUCUGCUCGGGCGCACAGAGGGGCAGUGCCAUGCACACUCCUGACUAUGCGGUGCUCCUGAGCGGAGGGAACCAGUCUCUGGUCUUCAGUCCCUCUAAUGACUUUACUAUGGAAACGCCUGGAAACGACACCGUCCACCCGAACGGGUCCGAUCCGUUUGCGCGCAACGAGGAGGUGGCCCAAAUCGAGAUCAUGGUCCUGAGCAUCACCUUUGUGGUUGCUGUGAUUGGGAACGUGAGCGUCCUGCUCGCGAUGUACAACACGAAGAAGAAGAUGUCGCGGAUGCACCUUUUCAUCAAACACCUCAGCCUGGCUGACCUGGUGGUCGCCUUCUUCCAGGUGCUGCCGCAGCUCUGCUGGGAUGUCACCUUCCGCUUCUACGGUCCGGACUUUCUCUGCAGGAUAGUCAAACACCUCCAGGUGAUGGGGAUGUUUGCAUCCACCUACAUGAUGGUGAUGAUGACCCUGGACCGUUACAUUGCCAUCUGCCACCCUCUGAAAACCCUCCAGCAGCCCACCCAGCGCUCCUAUAUCAUGAUCAUCUCCACGUGGAUGUGCAGCCUGGUGUUCAGCAUUCCGCAGUACUUCAUCUUCUCCCUGAGCGAAAUCAAGAACGGCUCGGAUGUCCAAGACUGCUGGGCGCACUUUAUCGACCCGUGGGGGGCCAAGGCGUACAUCACCUGGAUAACCGUGGGCAUCUUCCUCGUGCCAGUUGUAAUUCUUAUGCUGUGCUAUGGGUUCAUCUGCCACAGCAUAUGGCAAAACAUUCAGUACAAGAAAAGGAAAACGACGGCUGGUACUGCCAACAAGAACGGGCUGAUUGGGAAGCAUUCAGUCAGCAGCAUUACAACUAUAUCAAGGGCAAAGCUGAGGACUGUUAAAAUGACUUUUGUGAUCGUUUUGGCGUACAUUAUUUGCUGGGCGCCGUUUUUCAUAGUUCAGAUGUGGUCUGUGUGGGAUGAAAACUUCCAGUAUGCGGAUUCUGAGAACACAGCAGUGACUCUGUCUGCACUCCUUGCCAGUCUCAACAGCUGCUGCAACCCGUGGAUAUACAUGAUCUUCAGCGGCCACCUCCUGCAGGACUUUGUGCACUGCUUCUCCUGCUGCCACAAAAUUAACGCAGACUUCAAGAAGGAGGACUCAGACAGCAGCAUCCGCAGAACAACGUUGCUCACUAAGAUGACUAAUCGGAGCCCUACGGGAAGCUCGAGCAACUGGAGGGAACUAGAUAAUUCUCCAAAGACCUCCAUUCAGGCGGAGUAAACACACAGCCAGGCUACUCUGUUUACCGGGGUGGGAGUAAAAAAAACAUGUUUGGGAGUGGCACCGAGGUACACAUAUCAACUCAUCUUAACUUUGGGCAUGACUGACAGGGACUGAAAUGUCCCCCAAACUCACAAACUAUCAAGCACAUUAAGCUUUUUGCAAGGAAAUCAUGGAAAUAUGAUAAUUUGCAACAAUACAGGAAAUUUAGACAUAUUACCAUAGUCCUGUUGCUUCUGCGUACAAACAUAUUCUUUUUUUCACAUAACCUCUGCAAAAAUAUUAGAAAAAUAUUGGAAAUGGAAGUUAAAUUGCAUAGUUUUACUCCUAAGUUAUCAUAUUUUUAUUUCUCCACAAUUAAUCGUAAAAGUACUUGAUGCUGACAGGUCAGAUUUUUCAUCAUUUUGUUGAUUUUAGUUGUAAAAA